CUUUCAGAUUCUACAUAUAAAUGAAACCAUACAGUAUUUGUCUUUCUCUAACUUAUUUUGCUUAGCUUAAUACCCUCAAGGUCUAUCUGUGUUGUCAUGAAUGGUAGGAUUUCUUUUUUUUUUUUUUAAUGGCCAAAUAAUAUUCGCUUGUACGUAUAUGCUGCAGCUUCUUUAUCCAUUCGUCCAUCAGUGGACACUUAGGUUGUUUCCAUGUCUUGGCUGUUGUAAAUAAUGCUACAGUGAACAUGGGGUGCCGAUAACUUUUCGAGUUAGAGUUUUCAUUUCCUUUGGAUAUAUUGCCCAAAGUGAAAUUGCUGGUCAUAUGGUGGUUCUAUUUUUAAUUUUUUGAGGAACUUCCAUAUUGCUUUCCUUAGGGGUUGUACCAAUUUACAUCCCCACCGACAGUGCACAGGGGUUCCAUUUUCUCUACACCCUUGCCAGCAUGUGUUAUCUCUUGUCUUUUUCGAUGGUGGACAUUUGGACAGAUGUGAGGUGAUAUCCCAUUGUGGUUUUAAUGUGCGUUUCCCUGAUGACUAGUGAUGUUGAGCAUCUUUUCAUGGACCUGUUGGCCUUUUGUAUAUCUAGAGAAAUGUCUCUUAGGUCCUUUGCCCAUUUUUAAAUUGGAUUAUUAUUAUUAUUUUUUUUGCUGUUGAAUUAUAGGAGUUCUUUAUAUGUCUUGGAUAUUAACCCCUUAUCAGACGUAUGUUUUGCAGAUAUUUUUUUCCCAUUCUGUAGGUUGUCUUUUCACUUUGUUGGUGUUGUUUUUUUUUUUUUCUGUUUUGAAGGUUUUUAGUUUGAUGUCAUCCCACUUGUUUGUUUUUGAUUUUGUUGCUUGUGCUUUAUGUAUCCUCACUAAAAAAUCAUUACCAACACCCGUGUCAAGGAGCUUUAUUCCUAUCCUAUGUAUGUUUUCUCCUAGAAGAUUCAUGGUUUUAAGUCUUGCUUUUAAGUCUAAUCCAUUUUGAGUCAAUUUUUGUGGUUGGUAUAAGAUACAGGUCUGGUUUCCUUGUUUUAUGUAUGAAUAUCCACUUUUCUUAGCACCAUUUAUUGAAAAUACUGUCUUUUUUUCUAUUCUUCAGUAUUCUUGGUUCUCUGGUCAAAUACUAGUUGAGUGUACAUCCUUGGGUUUAUUUCUAGGCUCUUGAUUCUGUUCCAUUGGCCUAUUCGUCUGUUUUUAUGCUGGUGCCACACUGUUUUGAUGACUAUAGCUUUAUAAUACAGCUCGAAAACAGGAAGUUGGUGGCUCCUGCUUUGUUCUUGUUUCUCAGGAUUUCUUUGGCUAUUUGGGGUCUUUUGUGGUUCCGUGGAAAAUUUGGGAGUGUUUUUACUACUUCUAUUAAAAAUGUCAUUAGAAUCUUGAUAGGGAUUGCGUUGAAUCUGUGGAAUGUUUUUGGUAGUAAAGUGGGUGUUUUAACAUCAAUUCUUUCGCAUCAACAAACACAGGAUACCUUUCCAUUUAUUUGUGUCUCCUUGGAUUUCUUUCGUCAAUGUCUUGUCAUUUUUCAGAAUGGAGGUUUUUCACUGCCUGAGUUCAAUUUAUUCCUUAGCAUAAAUUUUAUUUUAUGCCAUAGUUAAUACUUACUCCUAAGUGCUUUAUUGUUUUUGAUGCUAUUAUAAAUGGGAUUGAUUUCUUCCUUUUUUAGAAAAUUUGUUGUGAGUUUACCGAAAUGCUUCUGAGUUCUGUCUGUUAAUUUUGUAUCCUGGAACUUUACUGAAUUCAGAUCUAGUAGUGUUUUGGUGGAGUCUUUAGCUUUUCUAUAUGUAAACUCAUGUCAUGUGCAAAUGGAGACUGUUUGAUUUUGAUUUUCUCCUAUCCGGUGCUGAUAGACUUUCUUCCAGUAAAUGUUUUCAAGCUUUUGUGGCACUCGGUUUGGGCCAUGCAGUGCCAGGUGUUCUGGGCCUGGGUUUGCCAUCAGUUAUACGGAUGGGGCGUUUUCAUUAAAAUUUCCAUUAACUGUUUUUUUUUUUUUUCUUCAUUUUAAGCCGGUGAGCAAUUUAUAGAUUCAUUAACUUUUUACUACACUUGUGAAGCCAGGAAGAGGGGAAUAAAGGAAAUGAAAUAUUUGGUCCUCAACGUUUCACUAAAAGAUGGUGGCCCUUAAAUACGGAGGACAAAAAAAGCUAGGUAAUUAAGGCCAGUCUGAAGAAGUGUUAGGAAGUGCUGUAUCUUCCAGAAGGAUCCAGAACUGGAAUCUCCUGGUGGGGAGGAACACCUCUUUCAGCCCUCCCACCCCCACCCCCAGUAGCUCAUCCAUCUUUUCCUUAUAACUGCUGAUUAUUUUUUCACCAGGUGGCUGUUCACCCUCUUAUGGCAUGCCUCCCCAUGGGAGCCCACCACUUCUGGGCAAACUCUGGCUGUGAACAUACUUCCUAUAUGGUGGUGUGGUCUGACUCCUUACAGCUCUCUCAUUUUAUUUCCUUUUGGCAGAGUUAGGUGCGGCAGGAUGGCUGAGUGUGUGGGCUUUGGGGCUACAAAAGCUUGAUUUCAAAUACCGGCCCUGUUGCUUAAACGAGCUGUGUGAUUUUGGUCAAGUCACUUCCCCUCUCUGGGCCUCAGUGUCUUGAUGUAUAAAAUCGCAGUAGUAUCAGGAACUCUCUGGGAAAGACCCAGAAAAAUGGCAACAGUAUUCUUCACUGCACAGUUAAGUGGUGAGGAGAAAACAGGUUGGUUUACUAAUGAUCCGUGGCCUACACGCACAUUUCAGACCGUGCCAUGCAGUGGGACUGCUCCUCUGAACAUUCUCACUUGGAUCCCUUCCCUAGCCUAGCAAAUCACUGCCCUUCUCAGGGCUUCAGUUUCCCCAGCUGUAAAGUAGAUGAAUAAUUCCCAGUUAAUGAGGAUGUUGGAGGAGUUCAAACAUACUUAACAAGCCUUUUAGAGUGGCUGGCACAUAAUAGUAUCUCAGUACACAGCAGCAGUCGUGGGGGUGUUGUGGUUGCAGCUCUGUACAGUGUAAAAACCUCAGUCUCAGGGUCUGCUCUACGAAAGAGGCAGUAGGCUGAGCAGCUUCACGGGGAGCUUGGACUUCCCAGGGGAUGGGUGUGUACCUGGGUUUAGCCACCAUGUCUAUGCAAGUGAUCUCAUCCUCGAGGACAGACUGUAAACGAUGUCUUCGCAGAGUCACACAUCUUCAUUCUGGGGAAGGAUAGCAUCCCACCUUUUCCCAGUACCUUCCUUCAUAGAUGUGCGGCAUGUGUCAAGUACGAUGAGUUUUUCCUCAAAAGCAGUGAUGAUAGAAAGCUAAGCAGAAAGGAGGAAACCUUUUGGAGCCACGCGAAGCAGGUGCCUUGGGAAGUACCAUAUAUGUAUGUCAUGUUAGCGUAUGUGAAGUUAUACAGAGAGUUUCGGUUCUAUUCUUGGCAUUUCGCUUCAGUACCUAAGUAUCUUUCUUACAGCUCUCCAUCGUUCAUGAACAUCUGUUCUGAUGGCUUUGUAAAUAGUUACCUUUUCACAUUGUAUGUAUAGAGCGUUUCCCGGGUUUUAUUAUAAAUAGUGCAGUGGACCUCUUUGGGCAUGAAUUCUCUUCCUUCUUUUGUAUGAUAUUCAUAGAAUCUGUUCCCCAAAGCAGAUUACUGGGUCAAAGGAUAUGAGAGUUGGCAACACAGUUAGACAAAGGCAGCAGCGGAUGUGACAGCUGAGGGCACACGGCUGCUUUGGAGAUUCUUGUAGAAGAACCCCAUUUGGGAGAGUUGACAUGCACAGUGCUGCCUUCGCAUCUUCUGUCUUAGCCGAGGCUUGUAGCUGCUGCUUGUUUUGUUUGCCCAAAGACUCUGGGCCGAGUCAUGAGCUGGAAGCUGGAAUACUGAUCUGUGUGUGCCUCGCCUAAAAUACACAUUCAGCCCCAUGAUUGUGAAACCCCACGCCGGACCCAACAAAGGAGUGAUAAGACCAACACUCAUGAAAGGGGCUUGUUGAUUGUAUUCAGACACAUGUGACCUUGCACCUGUUCCUUCCACCCCGACCUUUCUUUUCCCUCCGUAUAUCAGGACUUACUUCUGGCUCAAAAGACUGUGCAGUGAUGAGAAAGUACUGUGUGUUAUGUACUGCAGAUGUUCUCUAUGAAGUCAGGAAGGGAGAGUCUAGCCUAAUUCUGAAUAAAAUGGUGGUGGUUGUCUGGUAUAGGGGAGGUCAGUGCUUUGGGUAGACUUCUGAGAAUUGUGCGAUAUCUUUACAUGUCUCCACUUAACUGAUAAGUCAUUUGACUUUCUAGAAUUUCUCUGUUUUAACUAAAUAUAGGCAUUUUCCAUAUUCCAUUUUCCAUAUAUCCAUAUUUGGCUGUGAGGUUUGCUAACUGUUGGUACUCUGGUGCAUCGACUUUUUGAGAUGACUUUUGUGGUGAUGGAGAAAUGACAGUGACCAUGAAGGCAGUGGCAGCUGUUACUUACAGAGCAUUUACUGUGCCAGGCACUGUUCUAAGUGCCUUACAUUUAUUACCUCUUUUUACCACUUCAUGAUUUCAUUAAAUCAAUUCAUUUCAGGAAAGAGAAGCCAGACAUGGAAUCUUGGAAAGGGAGAUAAGAGCCAGGAGGGGGAAGAAACUUACUAUUUGUCUUAGAAGAAGUCACGGGGUUGACUUCUGACCCUGCCAGCAACUACUGACUUUGGGCAAAGUCCCUUCACCUCUGCCCCCUCUCCUCUGAAAUGGAAAUCAUGACUCCUGCAUUGUAAAGAAUUAAAUGAAGUAAUGGAUGUAAAAAUCCUGUUGAUCACUAAACAGAUGUGAGGCAUUGAUAGGAUGUGUUAUUCCUACCUCACCCCAGACUCAGGCUUCUGGGAACCUGAGCCAUUUUCCCCAUUAAGGAUGCUGCAUAGAUGUUUUCUCUGUGCUGGGCCGUGUGCUGGGCGCUAGGGAAUCCAGAGGCAUGGCUCCUACCCGAAGAAGAUGUAUGCUCCAGCCUGGAAGACAGGUCAUAAAAAGAUGACUGAGUGUACCAGCUGGUUGAUCAAUACCAUUUGAAUGGCCCAGGCAAUAAGUGCUUUAAGAAAACAGGGGAGGGAGAUUAGUCCUGUGGCUUGGGGGAGGCGGGAAUGGAGCCAUCAAUGAAAGGGAAGGGCCCUUUCUUCCUUUGCAGAAUGUACUUUGAAAGCAAGCCUUUGGCCACAGCCAGGACAAAGAGGUUCGUAAGGCUGAGUCUGUGCCCUGUGGAACAGGGGCACUCCUGUCUUUCGUGAUAUGGUUAAGAAAGCAACACCAUGAAGUUCCAGUGUGGAUUUCGAAUAGAGGCCCUGAAGGUGGAAAGUUCUGGUGCCCUAGGAGCAUUUGCAUCUCAGCCCUCCAGCUGGCCUCAGACUUCGGUACCACAGAGCCUCCACUCCUGACCCCCGUGAGCAUUGUUCCAGAUCUGGUCAGGAGAUGCUUCUGGAGUGUCUCCUGGUUGCUUGGGUCUUCUGAGUGAUGGGUUGGGAAAAACUAGCCUUCACAUCAUAAAUUUGCUGUCCAUCGUAGAUCCUGAGCAAAGACUGGAAGUAAAAAUAUGCCGGAAGGCCACCCAAACAUCCCACGCGUUGGGAGUCUGGGACUGGGUGGCUGGACGUCCAUUUCUCAGACUUUCAGGGUCCCUUCAGGUCUGAGUUGUGACUCUGCUGCCUAGUGCAGAAGAUGACACAACUCAAGGGAAGACAGUCCUUGCCCUGAGGAAGUUACAGUCCAUAUGGGAAGCUAGACGCAGGGACAGACCCCUUGCUGAGCUGUGUGUCCUCCACGAGCAUCCUGAUCUGAGCUGCUCAGCUGUUGGGUUGACCCGGACUCCAUCCUUUCCUUGCCCCUGCUGUGCUCUGAAUUAUAAGGAGCUGCAUUUCCCAGGUGCCCUCGCCCUCCAGACCUCAAGUAGUUGAGCCAGAAUGAUGCCCAGCAAGGAGAUUGGAAGGUGGGAAGAAGGGCCAAGCCCAGGCUGUUUCUCCCCACUCGCUCUUGCCUCUUGCAGUGCCUUCUGUGUAGCUACCUCUGGGAUCCACUCCCAUUGGGCGGCCCUUGCUGAACAGCCCCGACUUCUGUAACACCAUCUCUUCCCUUUCUCUCUCCAUGCUACUCCUUGGUUGCCUUCCUGUCCCCUGUUUGACUUUUCAGCCCAUUCAUCACCUGUGUCAAAUCUCUAUAUUAAAUUGUCUCCAUUUUAAAUACCUAGAUGGCCUUCUCUUUUUCUGGGUCAGACCCUGUAGGACCUACCUUACCACCCAGAUCAGGUCCCUUAGAGUAUUUGACUGUUUCCACUCUGAAUAAUCCCAUGGAAGCCAUUGUAAGAUCAUGGCUGUGCUGAUGAAUUUAGGGGACCAGAUUUCUUUUCCCCUUGCAAAGAAAACAGAAUUAUAGAAUAAUUUCAGAAUAAUCUGGCUGUGUAGAUUUCUCAGUAGGCACCCACUGGGAUGUGAGGAAUUACAAUCUUUCUUUUCUUCAUGGGCCUUUCAUUUGGUCGGAAAAUGCAUGAGCUCCUUCCUUUCCAACUAUGUGAGGGACUAUUUGGAUUUUUGAAAAAUUCAUGCAGUCAUUCUCCCCCUCCCCCUAUUUGCCUGGGCUGUUGAUCUUGUGAUAUAUUUAUAGAGAUUGUGGUUGGCUGACCAGGAGUUAUUUUGCAAUAGGAAUUUGUAAGAUUUCUACUUCGAGCAUGUGUUCCAGACUUCUCUUUCUUUAAAAAGAGAAAAGUCUUUCUUGGAGCAUCCACUUUGCCCUCCUAUAAUUAUUUUUGUUUCACAACCAAAGCUGACGGAGCCAGUGCAGCUGGAAGGAAAAGCACGGCGAGCAGGGAGCGCUUGAAGCGCAGCCAGAAGAGCACCAAGGUGGAGGGGCCCGAGCCCGCGCCGGCCGAGGCCUCCCUGAGUGCCGAGCAGGGAACGAUGACGGAGGUGAAGGUGAAGACAGAGCUACCUGAUGACUACAUCCAGGAGGUGAUCUGGCAGGGGGAGGCCAAGGAGGAGAAGAAGGUGGUCAGCAAGGACGGGCCAGGCGACGUGCCCGCCGAGAUCUGCGUGGUGAUCGGUGGCGUUCGUAACCAGCAGACCCUCGAUGGAAAAGCGCCCGAAGGCAGCCCCCACGGUGGAUCUGUGCGAAGCCGCUAUUCAGGGACCUGGAUUUUUGACCAAGCGUUGAGAUAUGCAUCUGGAUCCUAUGAGUGUGGAAUCUGUGGCAAGAAGUACAAAUAUUAUAACUGUUUCCAGACCCACGUACGGGCACACCGAGACACUGAAGCCACCUCAGGGGAGGGAGCCUCCCAAGGCAACAAUUUCAGGUACACAUGUGACAUCUGUGGGAAGAAGUACAAAUACUACAGCUGCUUCCAAGAGCACCGGGACCUGCACGCGGUGGAUGUAUUUAGUGUGGAAGGGGCCCCUGAGAAUCGGGCAGACCCCUUCGACCAAGGUGUCGUGGCCACUGACGAAGUGAAGGAGGAACCCCCGGAACCGUUCCAGAAAAUCGGGCCAAUGAACAAUAUUACAUCAGAAAUUUUUAAGAAGAAAGAAGUUAGGCAGUGCCCAAAGAGAGAAACUGGCAAUUACACCUGUGAAUUCUGCGGAAAGCAGUACAAGUACUACACGCCCUACCAGGAGCACGUGGCCUUACACGCCCCCAUCAGUACCGCCCCUGGGUGGGAGCCACCGGACGAUCCAGACACGGGCUCUGAGUGUUCACAUCCGGAGGUCUCCCCAUCUCCACGCUUCGUGGCAGCGAAGACCCAGACGAACCAGUCGGGGAAAAAAGCUCCGGCCUCCGUGGUCCGAUGCGCCACCCUCUUACACCGCACCCCUCCAGCCACCCAAACCCAGACGUUCCGCACUCCAAAUUCGGGAUCUCCGGCAAGCAAGGCAACUGCAGCAGAAAGCGCUUUCAGUCGGAGAGUAGAAGGCAAAGCACAAAACCACUUCGAAGAGACAAAUAGCAGUUCCCAAAACUCCAGCGAAACUGCAAGUCCCCUGAUUUCCAAUCCUUUCCCUCUCCUACAGAAGCCCUACACCUGUGGCGCCUGUGGGAUCCAGUUCCAGUUCUACAACAACCUGCUGGAGCACAUGCAGUCCCACGCAGCGGACAACGAGAACAACAUCGCCUCCAACCAGUCUCGAUCGCCACCUGCUGUUGUGGAAGAGAAGUGGAAACCGCAGGCCCAGAGGAACAGCGCCAACAACACCGUGACCAGCGGUUUAACACCCAACAGCGUGAUUCCCGAGAAGGAGCGGCAGAAUAUCGCAGAGCGGCUGCUGAGGGUCAUGUGCGCCGACCUGGGCGCACUGAGCGUGGUGAGUGGGAAGGAGUUCUUGAAACUGGCCCAGACGCUGGUGGACAGCGGUGCCCGCUACGGGGCCUUCUCGGUCACGGAGAUCCUGGGCAACUUCAACACACUGGCGCUGAAGCACCUGCCCCGCAUGUACAACCAGGUGAAGGUGAAGGUGACGUGUGCCUUGGGCAGCAACGCCUGCCUGGGCAUCGGUGUCACCUGCCACUCGCAGAGCGUCGGCCCCGACUCCUGUUACAUCCUCACAGCCUACCAGGCCGAGGGCAACCACAUCAAGAGCUACGUGCUGGGCGUGAAGGGUGCGGACAUUCGCGACAGCGGCGACCUGGUGCACCACUGGGUGCAGAACGUGCUGUCGGAGUUCGUGAUGUCCGAGAUCAGGACAGUGUACGUGACCGACUGCCGGGUGAGCGCGUCCGCUUUCUCCAAGGCCGGCAUGUGCCUUCGCUGCUCAGCCUGUGCCUUGAACUCGGUGGUGCAGAGCGUGCUGAGCAAGCGGACGCUGCAGGCCCGCAGCAUGCACGAGGUCAUCGAGCUGCUCAACGUGUGCGAGGACCUGGCGGGCUCCACGGGCCUGGCCAAGGAGACCUUCGGGUCCCUCGAGGAGACCUCACCGCCGCCCUGCUGGAACUCGGUCACGGACUCGCUGCUGCUGGUACACGAGCGCUACGAGCAGAUCUGCGAGUUCUACAGCCGCGCCAAGAAGAUGAACCUCAUCCAGAGCCUCAACAAGCACCUGCUCAGCAACCUGGCGGCCAUCCUGACGCCGGUGAAGCAGGCGGUCAUCGAGCUGAGCAACGAGAGCCAGCCCACCCUGCAGCUCGUGCUGCCCACCUACGUCAGGCUGGAGAAGCUGUUCACGGCCAAGGCCAAUGACGCGGGCACCGUCAGCAAGCUGUGUCACCUCUUCCUGGAGGCCCUCAAGGAGAACUUCAAAGUGCACCCGGCGCACAAGGUGGCCAUGAUCCUGGACCCGCAGCAGAAGCUGCGGCCGGUCCCGCCCUACCAGCACGAGGAGAUCAUCGGCAAGGUGUGCGAGCUCAUCAACGAGGUGAAGGAGUCCUGGGCCGAGGAGGCCGACUUCGAGCCCUCCGCCAAGAAGCCCCGCUCCGCCGCGGGCGAGAACCCUGCAGCUCAGGAAGACGAUCGGCUUGGGAAAAAUGAAGUGUACGAUUACCUGCAGGAGCCCCUCUUCCAGGCCACCCCUGAUCUCUUCCAGUACUGGUCGUGCGUUACCCAAAAGCACACGAAACUCGCCAAGCUGGCCUUCUGGCUGCUCGCGGUCCCAGCCGUGGGGGCCAGGAGCGGGUGUGUAAAUAUGUGUGAGCAAGCGCUUCUAAUCAAAAGGAGGCGACUGCUCAGUCCGGAAGAUAUGAACAAACUCAUGUUUCUGAAAUCCAACAUGCUUUAAGACUUGACUUCGGAACAAAAAGAAAUAAGAAAGAAAAGAAAAGAAAAAGAGAAGAGAAACAUUAGGAAAACACACACACACACACACACACACACACACACAACACUGUCGCAAACAAAGAAAAGGAAUUUAAGUUCUAAACACUGUGGACCUCAUUAUAAAUGCCCCCUGGAAACUUAAGUGCUUUUUCAGUGUGUGUGUGCAUGUGUGUGCACACCCGCACACGUGUGGACGUGUCCCAGCACGUGCACCCUGGGUGUGGGGCGUGGGGGCCCCGUGCUCAUCUGCGCAGCCACGGCAGCUCUGUGCACGCAUGCACACACACACAGCCCUGGUGCAUGUGCACGUGCCUGCUCGCGGGCACGUGUGCAUUAAACUGGGUGUGUCAGGAAAGCUGAGUGGGAAAGAGGGAAGACGCUUCACCUCCUUUUCUCAGUGAGGGGGCUUUAAAGACUCCGUUUUCAGGUGUGCAGAUUGGUAGAAAGCUGAUGUCGUAAAACGUUCAGGCAGCUGAGAUCUGAAGUGACUUGACGCUCUCUGUCCUUGACCCCGUGGUCCCCACCCAUCCCUCCUGACCCUCCCCCCCACCCCCCUCCAUGCACUCCUGACCCUCAUGCACCCACCCCUCCCCGGCUGCUCUGCCAUGGAUUCUCCAGACUGCAUCAGAUGGACAGUUUCUGCACUGGACUUUGUUCUCGUUCACCUUCAGGGCAUUGAGCUGUUGCCUUCGAGAUACCCUUGGGUGUCACAGGGCAGCCGCCUUAGAAACACAUCUAUCUAUCUCCCCAAAUCAGGAAAGGAGACUUUAAGAAUAUAAAGCUGACUUUUUGCUUUUUAAUAUAAGAUAGAAAAAAAACAUUUUUUAAAGAAGUAUAGAUACUGUCUCCACUCCUUAAUAAUUGUUUUUCCUAACAUUUUAGCAGUUUUUACCUUUUUUUUUUUUUUUUUUCAAAUUUGAUUUUAGACUCUGCUAGGAGGCACUGAAUGUCUGUAACUUAUGUUUUGGAGGUUUUUUUUUUUUUUUUUCCCAGUUGCCCUUUUUGUUCCUCAAAUCACACUGUAAACUAGCUCAUCUCAGUGGUAUACUCAGUAUCCUAAGGUUUUUAUUAGCCCUCGCUGUACAGUCCCAUUUUCAUGUAUUUGAACAGCCAAGACCAUGAACGUACUUGGCUUGGCUGUUUGGGAACCAGGAGUGGGGUUGGAGUCACGGAUUUCACAGAGGUGGGGUUCGGUGGAAGCCAUAGGGAAGCAUGUGGCUUGGGAGUGUUCCUGAAUGUAAGCGGAAGGCCCGCCCUCCUGGUUCGCUGUGUCUGGUACUGCGAAUGUCUGAUUUAUAUACCCAGAGUGCAUUACACUACUCGCCCCAUCACUGACACUUCCGGCUCCACAGGGACUCCUGAGUCCACCCAUGUUCACGUCUGUCUUGCCUCAGACCCACGGCCCCUCCCCCCUCCCCAGGACCCCAGGGAUUCCGGUGGUUCCAUUGCCCGCAGCCUGGGGUUCCCCACGUGGGCCUCAGCCCUCCUUCCAGGACAGUAGUUGAGCACGGUGCCUUGUGGGCCUAACAGUUGAUGUCUUGAAGGUAGAAUGGCAUUAUCAGACCACACUCCCCUUGAGGCUGUGAAAGAUGGCUUUUCUCUCCAUGAGGAAUUAACGUUUUACACAGUCAGUCCAUAUGGCAAGAGGGUGGCCCCUUUGCCCUUACAAGAGGUGGUCUGUCACGGUCAGUACUCCACCCCCCACCCCACCUCUCCACGAGUAACGUGCCAGUGGCCGCCUGCCCCCCCGGUGCCCAUGCCUGUAGGAUACAGAUGGUUACGCCAAGGGCUUCGGGCGAAGAACGACCACCAUCACAGAGGACUCUUUGCAAAGGCACGUUUUACCAUUUUGAGGGUUGACUCCACUCCGUCCCUUCCUGUUAAUAAAGCAUUACUUAGCCGUGAGAUACCUCGAUUCCAAAAAGCACUGUACAACAUCCCCAUCCCCGGGUCCGUAGCAGAUGGGGAAGUCGAGUUGGUUCAGAGACUCAAGAAGGCUUAGGAUUAUAGGCCAGAACAGUGUCCCUGGGGGCCGAGCCCGCUCACGUCACCUCAUGAGAACUAACCCAGCUUUCCCCUCCCAAGUGUUGGACGUACUAAAACGCAUCAAAGUGGGCCAUUCGAAGCUUCGCUCCAGCAAGCCGUGGUCUCGGGAACCAAUGUGCCAUUUCCUCUCCUGGAGAAGCUCUGGGUAUUUCUCCCCCAUUUCCAAUUGGGUCACGUCACCAGAAGAGCCUCCAUCUGCACUGGACAGUCACUGGAUGGCGCUUUCUAGAGCGCGUGGGAGAAUCAGCAGACCUUAAGAUCAGAGCUUUGAGGACAUUUCAGAAGGCGGCUGCAGGGUUGCUGAAGAGUGACAGAUGUAUCCUGCAGCAGAAGGCCCCUCCGGUUUUGCUUUGCUGCUGGGGGAGGGUCCGCGACCUGGCCCUUUGAACCGCAUGAGGAGGAUCAGAGUUGCCCACUUGGUGUGGUUGGUGGGAGCAGAGCCUCGGAGCUCGUCCUCUCUCUACUGAAGGCAGAGUGGUUACGCCGUUGCCCCGUGUUUGGGCCAGUUAGUUAGAAAACAGACAUUUUACUCUCUUGCAAAGCCAUCAGAGACCAAGCCCAGAUAAUGCGUUUAGAGCACUCCACAUUCUCUUUGGAACACGGGGAUAUCUGCCCUCCAGAGUGAAAAUUCGAGGAAGUCUAGUUAACUAAACUUUAGGUAUGAAGUCCUAUGUGUCCUCCCCCCCCCCCCCCCCCCCGUUCUGUUCUUUUUUCCAACCCUCGGGCUUGGCUUGCUCUGCAGGUUUAAGGUGGAUGCCACUGGACACUCUCAACGCUGUCUCCAGGGGCUGCCUCCUCCAGGAUGGUGACCAGGUGGCAGGUGGUCCUUUCUCUCUUGCAGCCACUGGUUCCUCAGAAACUGGGGUCGCGAACAGGAAAGGCUGUAUCAAGGUGCCCCUUCAGUCGGCUUUCUCACGCAGGCCAUUCCCGUAGUGCACGUCUUGCUGCAGUGAACAGCUUAGUAAAAUCCAAAGAUCUCACAGGCUCAGCCACUGGCCCCUCGUUUCCAGCAAUAUCCACCUUACCCACAUUCUAGUUUAGCCAAAGGACUGAGGUAGACUCUUCCAGUUCAUCUCCCGGCACCUCCCCUGGCAUCGACCUUCAGAAAGAUUCUGUCUUCUGCACCCCCGUUCUGUAACCACUUUGGGACUUUCCACCACAGGCCCUUGGUUGCUGGCAGAGCAGGAAAUAGGGCCAUUUCUGUCAUGUUCUCGACCGCUCAAGGUGGUCGUGUGCUGACUCGGACACGGCCUGCCUCAAGCCAUGCGAUUCCCAGGACAGAAAUGGUCUGGCGCUGACAUCCGUGGAGCCCAGGGGGGAGUGGAGAGAACGCGCCUCCCCUCUGCAGGGUGUUUUCCCCUCCCGUGAGGCCACUGGGCUUCACCACCAAAGCCAGGGCCAAGGACUGCAGCCUCACGGGUGGUCGAUGGAGUAGCCUGGGCGUGGCUGCUCUUGUCCCAACGCCGUUCUCCCUCCCUGUGCCCGGGUCCACCAGCCAGGCCCCCCUCAGAUGGGGGCUGAAAGCCGGGAAGCGAACUGGAGGGGCCGCGCGAGCAGACCUCCUGCCUGCACUUCACCUUGGGGGUUCGUGGUGCAGAAAGCUGCGGGCCGUACCUGCCAGCGAGGUUCCUUUGCCACCGUCCCCACCUGAUGGCCUCUGGCUUGGCUGCUGGGGACCGGCCCUUGGCUGGAAGAAGGGUACAAAGGUUUCCUGGUGAGAGAACCGUCCGAGGAAGGACUUUCUUUUUACAUCUGGUCCAUUGGCUGGCAAGUGAUCUCUCCCUGAGUUUGCUCUUUAUCUCCUGCACUUUGAAGAAACACAAGGGAAAAACUCUGCAAGGCGUGUUUUCCACUGUGAAGCCUCAUCUCGCCUUCAGGAGGCCCCUGUGCUUAUGCGAGGGGCAACCUGGGGAGACGUCAGGGAUGCAGCACGCACUCUCGGGGGCCACGCGUUCACGAGAAAGGCUUGAAGGAAAGCUGGGUUGUGGACAGAGCUGGGCUCCUGUGAGCGACCGCCCAGGACGGGGGCAGUACCUGGGAGCCGUCGUCAGGAUGGCUGUGCUCUCAGAGACGGGAAGAGGAGGUAACACGGGGCAUCGGGAGCGGUCUCCCGCCCCGCUGAGCUGGGGUGAGUUCACAGCACGGCGUCUGUGUCCCCGGGGCGUACCUGACGGGGAGCUCCCGGAAAGGCUGCUGGUUUAGGUAGAAUAGAGAGGCUGAGUCAGACUCCGGCCGUCCCCUGGAGACCGUCGGUGGGGGCUCCCGCCUCAGCCCUGCCGGCCCCAGCCCAGGCCCCCGGAUCCAACUGGGCCGCGGGGAGGACUGGGAGGGGGCCUGCCCCUCUCUUCACUGUGGCUAACGUUUGCUAGGCCAGUUAUGGUGAACCAAUGAUACAGUGUCUUGUCCUCUUAUGUUUCCCUCCCGGUUUCCCCUCUUCAGGGUCUUCUGGAGGAUUUGGUGGUGGUGGUGGUGGUAUUGUUUUUCUUCCUCUCUCAUUCGGGUUUGAGGACGGUGGUCAGUAGAGGCCUGCCUUUCCCUGGAGGGGCCUGUGGGUUCUGUGUGAAGACGCACCUGCUCCCGCUUUGAUGAGGGGGAAGGUCCUUAGGUCGCCGUUGGCUUCUGUUCAUGCCCCCACGGCCGCCACCGGCCACCACCACGGGUGUCGCUUUAAAGAUCCAGCUCCUGUUCCAGAGAAGGAUUCGCUAGGUCUGCAGUUGGGCGUCAGCAUCAGGACCCACGAGGGUCCUACCCACCCGUGCGUCCCUACCGGGCACCUUGACUCUUCGAACCAAAGUUCCUUAAAGGGGCACAGCCCAGCCUUGUCCGCAACCUCAGGGGCCUGGGAUCCCUGUGGCGCUUCCUGAAGUCCAGGUCGGCAGAGACCGUGGGGUCUGCGGCCAGCCGGAAGGAGGCCCCCUCCCACAACCCAGGUGCCAGCCGGUCCCUGCCUGGGGCCCCCCCUCCCGCCCAGCCGGGGGGUGGGGGUGGGGGGCCGGGUUCCCAGGCGGCGAGCCAGCUCGCGGACUGGCGUGGGGCUGGGACUCGCCAGCCAGGAGAGAGAGGACCCGCCAGGCAGCACGUCCGGGGCCAUUCAGAUCCCAAGCAUCAGGAAAUCAUUUUGUACAACCACCCGAAGCAGAGAUAUUUUUUAAGAAGCGUAAAUUAUUUUCAGUUGUUUUCUGAUCCUGCCUUUUUCUUUUCCCUGCAACUUCGCAUCGGUGAUUCUUUCACAUCAGGUAAAUCUCGAGAAAGCCUUGGUGCCCCUCCCUCCCUGCACCCCGCUCAGUAACCACGUGCGUGCACCCCAUCCUUUCUCAGUAGUUAAGACGUUCUAGGCAAUACCAUAGGCACAUCUGACUGUGUCUCUCUCUUCGAGUGCAAGAAACUCAAGUCAUCUUAAAAAAAUACAAAAAAAAAAAUUUACAAAAAAACAAACACAAAAAAAAUAUCUUUUUUAGGCCAGAGUUUUCUACAGGUAUUAAUGAAUAUUUUUCUUAAUCCUUAUAAGUUUUAUGUGUUUAAUAUUUCUUAAUACCGGUAGCAUUAAUUUAUACUUUUGUAGCAACACAAUAUUUUUAUAAACAGCCAGUGCUUGGCUCCAGUCUCCACGAGGGGUUUAUGCAGGGCCAUCUUGGGACCCUGCGUACCAUGUACUGUAUUUAAAAAAAAGUUACCUAGUGUCACCCUUGCUGUGUUAAUUAACAAAAGACGUUGUUUGCGGUCUCCUGUGUCGUUGGUGUGGAUCCAACAGCUCUCCAAGGAGUCACGUUGCAUGGGGGUUGAGUUGACGGUUCUUGUGAUACGUAAACCCCCGAGACCAAACUUGAGGGUUUAUUUAGGGUUUUUUUGUUCGUCCUUUGGGAUUUUCGUUUCACUUUGUUUUGGUACCGUAUCUCCAUUUACAGCCAAAUCCGUUUCGUGAUGUUUAAAACUUUUUCUGAUGUGAAAUGGAGGAAAGGAACAGGAAAAAAAAAAAAAAGAUUUUUACAAAGUAAUAAAAUUUAAAACUGAGCUGUUUCAAUGUUGCUGUUUUUACCUGUCUGUUCUUGUCCAAAAGUGGGACAUUCCCAGGAAGAAGAGGAAGGUUCCGCUUGGUUCCUUAAAUCGCCAAAAGCCCCCGCCCAGAAUUCACACCCUACCCCCGAAUUCUUGCAACAUUAUUUCCCAGUUGGUUGAUGCCAAGGCAAAAAGACAUCCUUUUAAUGGUUAGAGAGGAUCAGUUACUUAAACGAUUUCAUGUCAGUGUUGUAUUUAUGGUUUUACAAUAAAACAACCUUUAGGAAGA